UCCAUCUGGACCUAGUCUGGGUGGAAGUCCCAGGGACCCUCGAAUCUGAGCCGCAGGCGACAGCGGAGCUCCCUCCAGGAAUGUCCAGGCGCUAACCUUUCCCACAGUCCCCUCCUGUCCUGGGACAGUCUUUCCCUGAGCCCUGGGAAUAAACCCUCAGGUCCCCUCUGUUCUACCCUGACGUCCAACUCUUAUUUCCCCUUCUCUCCCUUUAGUUGCUUCUCUGACUUCCCAGGAUAUGCUCCCCGUUUUCUAAAUCCCACAGGCUUGGCCACAACCUGUUCCCUCAACCCAGGCGGAUAUCUUCUCUUUUCUGUACCCCACUCAUAGGCUAAUUUCUGCUCCCUCCCCCUAGGGUAGGCUCUAUCCUACCUUUCAUCCAGAGGCUAAAGAGACUCCCUUGCAAAGACUUAAACAUGGUUCCCCUACACUCCCCUGCUCCUUCCCCCUUCCCCAAGCCCCGUUCCCUCUCCUCGAGGACAGGCUCAAGGCACCAGGCAAAACCUCCACAUAGUCGUCCCCCUCCCAGCCAUGGAGUGAAGCCUCCUGUUCACGUGCAGAUUUCUGAACUGCACAGGAAAAUCCAAUUGUUGGAGGGCGACCGUAAAUCCUUCUAUGAGAGCACUCAGUGGACCAUCAAAAAGAACAAGGAAACUAUUAAACAUCUCCGAGAAGAGAACAAGAUAUCAUACCAGAAGCUGUCAGACUUGUUCAGUGGUGAGGAGAGAGUGGUGCGCUGGGUCAUCCGAGAGUGGAAGGAGGAAAAGUCUUAUCUGAAAAACCUGAAUGGGGAGGAAGCCUUGGCCCUUGUGGAUCACCGGCUGAAUGAGAAGAUGAAACAGUUAAAUGUCCUUCGACACGAGGCAGAACAAAGGCAGCAGCGAAUAGAAGAGCUCCAGUUACAGCAUUCACUUCGAGAGCUGGAGGCGAAUGCAUUUCAAGACAUCGACAAUGAGGUGGCAAAGACCACUCGAAACUUGGAAAAUCGACUGGAAAAGGCCCGGCUGAAGGGCGAUGAGGCGGAACACAUCACUCGAAUCUACCUGCAGCUGAAGGCUUACAUGCAGGAGGAGAGCCUGAACUUUGAGAACAAACUGGAUGCAAUGGAAGGUGAAGUCACUCGACUAAAACGUGAGUUCUCAGAACUGCAGAACGUGAGCAAAGAAGCCAUAGACGCUCGGGAUGCUGCCAAGAGUGAACUUCAGAAGCUGGAGGAGAACUUAUUCAAAGAUCGGAAGGAGCGAGACAAGGUAUUGAUGGAGGCCAAAAAGCGAACAGAAGAGAAAAAGCUUCAAAAUGAACGGAUCGAGAGGAAGCAGCGAGAUCAAGUACCUCUUCGGUCUGAAGAAAUCUUGACAGAUGCCCAGGGGGCAAAAGCAGGCCACUUAAAGAACCGCUGGACCAUGUACCAGACAGAGAUUGCAUUUGAUAGGAUCAAGGUUGCCACUGGCAUAUCUGACCCCAGCUCUGUGGUGAGCAGGUUCUUGGCCCAGAGUGAGACGUUCGCACACCUGGAGUCCAUGAAGCAAGAGAACGAAGCAACGCUGGUGACUCUGAAAGAAGACAAAAAGCGACUGCAGGAAGAGCUAACUCAGCUCAAGUACUCCGGCGAGGCCAAGGCCAUCAGGCACAAGCAGAUCGUUGCUGAACUGAGCAAGCAUUUGGACAGCCAGGAGAAAGAAGUAGCAGCAGCUAAGGAGAAUCUGCAAAAUACCAUUCUGGCACUGCAACUGGCCAAGGCUGGGGUCGAGCACCUGGCCGGAAAAUUGCAGCAUAUUCCCGUGGAGAAGAGCAAAAAGGAGCUGAACCCAAAUACCGUGGAUUAUGUGCUGGACGUUAUGGCUCAGAAUGAGGAGAGGCUGCUCAAACUUCAGAGUGAUAUGGAGAGCCGAAAUGUGCCAGACCUCCUGCAGCAGCUUGCUGACAGGGAGUAUUAUGCCACCCUGGAGGGGAAACUCCCCCCUCACAACACCCGCAUCUUGCUGCCCACAUCUACUGCCAAGGACAAGUUCUUUGAUGAGGAAGAGAGCGAGGAUGACAUGGGGGAGAUAGUGACCCGAGCAUCCUUGAAGUUCCAAUCUCAGAAACUCAUAGAGUCCAAAAGCAAGAAGAGAGGCCGAUCUCGAUCUCGAUCUCGAACUCGGAGGCGGUCCUAGAUGCCGCACCCUCCUGGCCUGGCUGCCAGUGCCCCUCCCAGGGGGCAGUCACAGACCCCAACGUGGGCCCUGCCCAGUCCCAGGUUCUUUCCAGAGUGCCAGAAUGGUGGACCUGGGUCCUCUCCCCUUCCUCUAGAUGUAGCUGGAGGAUCCGGGUCCCCUCCUGCCUAGGACUAAGUCUUAGCCUACGUAGCUGGACAAGAGCAGUUUGGGGCCUUUUCCACCCCUAAGGCCUGGGAGAGUAGCAACGUCCCUGUCCCUUGGGAGGUAGGCCCAGGGCCUUGCUGGCCCAACUUAGGGGAGGUGGGACCUAGUUCCUGACUGUUCCCACCAUCAAUCAUAAAUCUCCUGGGGCUGGGAAGGUCUCAAAGGCCCUGUAUUACACUCAGGGCCCACUGCCCGCCUCCCAGUGAUCAUUUUUUUCAGGCAAUAAAAGUUGCAAAGGAGCCUGGGCUGUGUUCCUGUGUCUGCCGGCCAGGGGCUUCUGGUGCCGGGAGGAAGGGUCACUGGCAUUAGCCUUAUGGGGCAGAGGGAGGGAUGCAGAUUCACAGAGUCCUGAGAGUUGACAUUUGUAUAGGACUGUAAGAUUUACAAAGUAUCUUUUAAUAUUAUCCCAUUUGCUCCUCACAACAGCCUUGUGAAGUAUUGCUGUCCCUUUCCUCAUCUGUAGAUGAGGAAAUGGGCUCAGAGGUUAAGUGACUUGCUCACAGUCAUACAGAUAAAUAGGGCUCUAGAGAAACAGAAACUGGCCAGGACUGCCUGGGUCAAGACUUUGGCCAAGACAGAAA